AAUCGUAAGGCGCAACAACACGUAUGCUUCAAGUUGCGUGAGAAAUUCACCAGUUAGCUUCAUGGCUGCGGCUUGCCAGAGGCGCCUGAAAAAUCAUGAACGUGGUGCUGCCUCGUUGCACCGAGGCAUGCUUGGCUGCCUGUGGCUUGGGCUUGGUGCUUUGUGUCAACUGGGAGCGGCUCAGUCAGCGUUCACCUACCUGCCCAUGAGAGUGAGGCUCCAACGAAGCGCUGCGCGACAAGCCAGCAAAAAGGCCAAUUGCUGCAAGAAUGGCCAGAUCAUCAAAAACAUGGACCCAGUGACAGCAAUGCGCAACACCGAGAAGCGGUGUCCUCAGGCCGACGCGAGAGGCUUUGCCGGCUGCUUAGAUGUUUGCGCACACGUGUGUUGUUUGCAUUUGCUUGUGAAAGCAGCGCAUGACUGGAAGUCCAAUAGUGGGUGGCAGUCAUUGGUUCUCAAGGCGGUGGUGGACGAGGCAGAUACCCAACAGACACUGAAUCUCGAUGACAUCAUCGUAGAAGUCAGCUCUGCCAAGAUGUCGCCCAUGCAGGCAAUCAGUUUGCUGCUGACGGAUGAUGAAGUGGACUCUGACGAGCUCAAGCUGAAGAAGCUUCGGAAAGUGCUGGGUGAAAGCUUGGAAUGGAGUGGCUAUGAUUCUGUUGCCCCAGCUGCCGACCAGAUGUUCAACUGGAACGGCUUAGACCCUCAGCAAGAACCACCGCGUGGCAUUAGAUCUGCAAAGAAGUUCCCAAUCUUCUUCACAGCAUUCGCUGCAAUGCGAGCAUAUUGCACAGAGAAUGCCGAUUUCUUCGAUGUUCGGCAGACGGGCGGCAUUCUUGAGGGCCUGACCAGAUUAGCCCGAAAGAUGUGGGCAGCAGAUGAUCGGGUAACGGGGGCAAUGUCCAUGAUCCUCAACAAGGAGCUCCUGAAUGGUGACGCAAGCGAUCCUGGCCUCUCAAAUGCGGACAUCAUUGGAACCCUAGGCCUUCGACGCCCGUUUCAGGCGAUGGCUUACGCUGCCCUAGACCUUCCGGCUGAUGACAUGAAGCACGUGGAUGCUGUUGCAUCCAUCGCCUGGGCAUUGGCUUUGGCAAAUAUUCAGCAGGCUUCUCUCCAGAUCAAGGUAGCAAAGGGCGUGAUUGCACACAUUGACAAGGUUCAGCCUCCCGAUAUUGGGAAGCUCUUUGUUGCCAUGCACGAAGAGGAAUGGUUCAAGGAUGCCGAUGCAGUUGCUUAUUUGACGCAAUCUCUUGUUUCUCGGAUCCAGACUCUGAAGCAGGAGGACGCAGGUUUGGCAAGCAUGCUGGCUGCAAAGGCUGAGGAAGCUCAAGAGCUGCAAGAUGGUGCAUAGCUGGCUGCAGAGCCAUUUCCACAGCGUUUUGUGAUCACCACGCACCAGUGCCCAAAAGACUGAGUUCUGGCAGCUGUUAUUUGUGAAAACAUUGCUGCCCUGCAAAAGAGGCUUGUACGUGUCAGCGGAGCCGCGCCU